GGCUCAACAGCUCUCUAUUGGGCAGUUCGUUAUGGUCAUACAGAAACUGUUCAGAUUCUUUUAACACAAGGCAAAGCAAAUCCUCAUCAAACCAGAAAGCUUGGUCUGGUGGCCCCAAUUGUCUUGGCCUCAGCUUUAGGGUACAAUGAUAUUGUUAAGAUUCUCUUGGACAAUGGAGCUCAUGUGAAUCACCUGAUUCGGGGAAAGGAGAUGCCAGUACAUCAUGCAGCAAGAGAAGGUCACGUAGACGUCUUGAAGACGCUGAUCAACAAAGGGGCAGAUUUUGACAAAACUGACGAAAGAGGCGACACUGCACUUCUUCUGGGGGCGAAGUUUGGACAUCCCAAAGUAGUGCAGACUCUAAUUCAAAGUGGUGCCAAUAUGAAGCAAAAGAAU